ACAGAAACUUUGGCGCCACCUUGGCCUUGGCUAUGCUAUGCACGCUCGUGGCGGUUCGCAAUGGCAGAGCCGUCGCAAAGCAUCACUCGGACCGCUCCGGCGGGCCCAUCCGGCAUCCGGUGCGACAUGGAACGUGCAGGUGGUGCGGGGGAAAAUGACUUCCCGCUGUCUGUGGCACGCCUGUCGCGCCCUCGUACUCGGCAUGGUGCUCAUGUGCGUUGGCGGUGGAAUGGCCACCGUAGGAUAUUACGCCAACAACUUCCCUUCACUAUCGGACGUGCGGAGCAACAGUACAUCGACAAUACGCGUUAAGAACGAACAUCGAGGAUUACACCUGAACAAUCUAUCCUAUGUUGGACCCAUCAUCAUGGGCGUUGGAGGUUUCAUCGUGGUGGCAUCAUGCGUAAUGACGUUUGAGGCGCGCGAUUCAGCGGCAAAAGUGGUCCCGGCACGGUUUAAGAUGAAUGCACAAGGAUCCGCCCGGAACCCGAGCCGCAACAACAACUCGAGACGGUCCACAGGUGUCUCAAACGGUCCGACAGCAAUGAUGGGUUCGCAGACUGCCCGCUGGGAACAACACUUGGGCGUCUUUCGAACUUCGCCCGCCACGGAACAGGUUCCGGACCGCAAAGCACUUACCGCAGCUCUCGUACACUUCUCCAAAGCCUUAGGAACACCGAAAACGUCACCCCAUCGGCGACCGAGCGAGAGCCAUAGUCGGCGUGUAUCGCGCAGCGGUUCGGUACCGAACUUGUACGCCGAAAAGCUGAGCGUACCGCUGCUCGCCUCCGGCUCACCCGCCAACAUCCGGUCCGAGACGGGUGGCCACCAUCAUCGGCACCAUCGGGGCUCGCGGGUAAGCAGCAUGGUACAGCGAUCGACGCGCGACCCAGCUGCCAGUGGGCUGUUGCAUCCGGGGAUGCUACAGUUUCACCGACACGCCCUUUCGGUCGAUGAACCAGAACCAUUGGCAAGAACACUCAAUCAAGCCGGUUCGCACGGUUCGGUACAGUACGGGUACGGCGGUGAGAUCGUCCCAGUGCACAAGCUGCGCGAUCGCAACAAGCGUUCGGAUACCGCCCGCCGGCACGUGCUGUCGCGCCAGACCAAAAUCGAAAAGGACGAAUCGUUGGGCAGCCCCAAACAUGGCCACAUCAGCCGACGUGCCUCCACCGUGUCGAACACGUCCGUAUCGUCGAAGCUGAACCGUGGCAGCCGACGUGCCUCCACCAUCUCCAAAACACCAAGUGUCGAUUCGCGUGGGGCAGCAUCCACCAUCGAAAUCAACAGUCCGGACCGAUCGCUGAUGCUUGGCCUGACGCCACCACGUAAGGGUACGACGGCGUUUGGACCAAUUUCGACACCGUCAGUCGAGAAGGAGUGCAGGAGUCAGCUGUCAAUUUGCUCCGAACCGGCGGCGAUCAGUCAGCGCAAUCUUUCCUGUCAAUCGAGCCUGGAACCGUGCGUACCCGAGGAGGAAAGUUCACCCGAGUACGAGCAAACAGGUGAAGAGACCAGCGAGCAUGCAGACGGAAGCAGGAAAAAGCAUCCCACCCCUACAUCCACCGAACCGCUUUCCGUUGCAAAUCCACCCUUACGGCCGGACACGCUCGUACUUGCGUCGAAAGAAGCGGACGGGUCCGGCGAACAGCAGACAGCAGCGCGUCAGCAAACGAACCGACAGUUGCCUCUUUACCGGAGCAACUCGAGCAAAAGCUUCCGCAAACCAAAGCCGAAGGUGGCGAGCAAAAAGCUUAGCAACGAGUACGACCAGAUCUACGUAAUUAGUGCGGGCGGUGCGUCCGGUGCGGCAAACGGAAAUGCGACCGGAAACAAUCGUUAUCCCAAUUUCCAGCAUCAGACGCGUCCGGCCGAGGACGACCAUUACGAUUCGAUCGAGGUCAUACACGAGCGGCGCAGCAAAAACUUUAGCAAGUUUACCAGCGGCUCCGGGGCGCAGGAUGAAGCUGCGGUGGGACGCGAUGGUACGGCAUAUCUGGCAACAUCCGGUUCGAUCGAGGGUGAGUACCGGAAGAUGGGGUCGAACGUGAUUAGCGUCGUGGCGGAUAUAUCGCCGGCGCCUGUAAGCAAUAUCGCUGCAGUGGAAGGUUCGCAGCAGGAGUCUUGUACCGAGGACGGUCCGGAAAGAACAAGCAGUCAGGCACCAGCCAAACAGGAUGAGUGUGUUGAUGAAGGAAACCCCAUUACAAACACCAGCGAACGGUCGGUGGAAGAGAAGCUAAUGGCGCCUAACAGCCACUCGGCGGUAGCCCAACCGUUAGAAGAUGCUGCGCUAAAGAACACAGAGAGAAAAGACUCACAAUAG